AUGCACCCUAGUUCCAGACGUCGCCACGUCUCGGUUUUAAAAAUGACAAUCGUCUGCGCCGUCCAACUUUCAAAUUGCUUUACCGUCCCCCCUGCCCGCCUCCAGAUGAUCUCAUUUGCUCCAAACUCGAGUCCGUCCAGUCAGAAAGGCCUCGCCAGCUACCAGCUCACGCCAAAUGCCAACAGUGGGUCGAACACCCCAGCCUCAGGCGAAAAGCCCGAGUCACAAUCCAGCGGUUCGGCGUCGAUUGAGAACAAAACCAACCUCAUUGUUAAUUACCUCCCGCAAAGCAUGACGCAGGAGGAGAUUCGGGUGCUGUUCAACACCAUGGGCAAAGUCGCGAGUUGCAAGUUGAUCCGAGACAAAAGCACAGGUCAAAGCCUUGGCUACGGCUUCGUGAAUUACGUGAGCCCGGCUGACGCCGAGAAGGCCAUCAACCACUUCAACGGGAUGCGACUUAAAAACAAGAAGAUUAAGGUAUCGAUUGCGCGACCCAGCAGCGAGUCGAUAAAGGGCGCGAACCUCUACAUUUGCGGUCUACCGAAGAACAUGACUCAGGAGGAACUCGAACGGAUUUUUUCUCGGUGUGGCAAAAUUAUCACUUCUCGCAUUCUGUACGAUCCCGCCACGGGUGGGUCUCAUUCCAUAAUUCUUCGGGUUUUUUUCCUUACCAAAUUUUACCUCCUUAGCACUGACUGCGCAUCAAAGGGUGUUGGAUUCAUACGCUUCGACCAGCGCUCGGAGGCCGAGGCAGCAAUCCACGAGUUGAAUGGCUUCCGCAUCUCGGACAACAGCGAGCCAAUCACAGUCAAGUUCGCCAGCUGCCCCAGCUCCAACCGCCUUCUGGCCAGUCUGUUGCCACAGGCGACGUCUGUGGCACAGCUCGACGCCGCGGGUCUGGCGGCGGCUGCGGCAGCGGCGGCGGCAGCAGCAGCAUCAUCCUCCUUCCUCACUGUGCCCACGCCAGGCGCGCACGCCGACGCGGGCUUCACGGACGCGCCCGGCCAACUGAUGGCCGCCGUCGCAGCCGCCGUGAACGCCCGACGCCAGCACCAGGAGCAGCAGGUGGCGUGGCUGCAGGCUGCGGGUCUCGGCUACCAAUCGGCCCCCACACCCAACCCCCUUCUGCCCGCCCAGCGGCUGAGCUGGAAGAACUCUGGAUUGGCUGGUGGCCCUGUCCAAUCGGCUGCCACUUCCUCGCUUAAGAUGAGGUACAAUCCACUGGGCGAGUGCAGUCAGCGUGGAGUCAGAUCCCUUGCCACCUCCACUGUCCCUCAAAUUUCUGACUCUUCCCGCCAAUCAGCGCCCGCUGCCCAAUCCCUCGACCAAGCCCGACUGAAUGCCAUGUUCGCGGCUGCCGUAGCGCCGGGCGUUGCCAUGCCAACUGGCCUCGGGACCUUGGUUGCCCCGGCAACAGCGACACCCCCUCUAGCGAGCGUUCUACACCCGGCCAAUCCCGCAACCGCGGAUCUGUGGAAAGCCAAUCUGCGGCAACUCCUGGGGCCACAGUAUUCCACAGAUGUUGCAGCGUUGAGUGCAUGCUUCAACCGCCAAUCACAUUUCUUGGAGGAGGAGGAGAAGAAGAUGAUGGUGAUGAUGAUUAGUGUGGAAGCUAAGUCGCCUUCUCCUCCUCCUCCUCCUCCUCCUCCUUCUACCCCGACUCACCCUUCUCCUUUGUAA